AUGGGCCCACAAGAGAAGGUCGAUGCGGAGAUUCGCGAGCUCGACGGGCCUUCGCAGGAAGCCCUCGUAGGUCAUGACCAGGAGGAGCUUGACCUCAUCCACCCGGAGAAGGGUAGUGUCUUGCUCACGAAUCCGAAACUUCCACAAAGACUCGAAGCUUUCUCUGUGAUUUGCAUUAUAUGCAAUCGUAUGAUCGGCAAUGUCGCUGCAAAUGCCAUCUCCUUCGGCAUCCGGUUCCUGCAGGCAGCAGAUAAGCCAAUGAACAAUUUUGUUGUCCAAGGCGCUGCCAUCGCCGUCGUUACUUUUGCCUGCUUUAUGCAUGGUUUCUGGCGACAAGGAGGCAUCUACCUGAGCAACAUAUUUGCUGUCAUUAAGGUUGCAAUCCUGCUCCUCAUCAUUGUAACAGGGUUCAUUAGCUACUCUGGUGUCUUCAAAAGACCAGCCGCUGGGUCUAGCAAUUUCAAUCUGCAUAACGCAUUCCACGACUCAGAACCAGACCCUUUUGGCUAUGCUGAGAGCUUUCUUUCAAUUCUAUUCGCGUAUGGCGGGUUCAAUCAGGCGAAUUACGUGAUGGCUGAAGUCGAAAAUCCUAAGAAGAAGCAAGCCAAGGGCGCGGAUGUUGCUCGCCUCUUCUUCAUGUACACAUUUGGCACAGUCUCCUCGACUGGUGACAAGAUGGCACCUCGAGUACUGGCCGGUUUCAUGGCUGUUUCAUCUUUAGGGAAUCUCAUUGUCAUGCCGUAUACAGCAGCUCGAGGUGAGCUAUCUUCUGGAGUCCCUGUAGAGGAAGAGGCGUUGCUUACAUGUCUUGCUGCAGUCAAACAAGAGAUUGCGAAAGAGGGUGUUCUCCCUUUCCGCAAAUUUAUCUCUCGCAGCUACAAUGUUGAUGUCAGAAAGCUAUUUGGCAAAUCGGAGACUUCGAUCCAGAACGAAACACCAAUCGGUGCUUUAAUUCUACAUUGGUCGCUCACGAUACUUCUCAUACUUGCUACAGGAGCUCAACAUGACCCUACCGACUCUUAUAGGAUCUUAGUCAGUCUCUGCAGCUACGUUGUUGAUGCAUUCUUUGGCGUCUGUCUCGGUGGUGGUCUUCUGUUUCUGAGAUUCUAUGGGCCCAGAAAAUGGAACAAUAAGUCCAAGAAAGGCGCCGGUAUCAAGUCUGGGGUCAGCGUUGUCGCAGCUCUAUUGUUCACAAUGACAAAUGCCUUCCCGAUCGUCGCUUCGUGGAUACCACCAUCCAAUGGGUUUGCCGCCACUACAGGCAGCUACUUGCCCUGGUACACGACUCCAACGGUUGGCUGGAGCGUCAUCAUUUGCGGAGUGAUAUAUUGGCUCGUCUUCCAUUUCGUAGUACCUCACGUUGGGAGUCAUAGGGGCUUCACAUUGAGGGUACAACGGACUUUAUUCUUCCGCGGAGAAGCCGAGCACCCGGUGCAAGAGCACGAACAAAUCAAGUUUGAAUGGCUUGAGGACGUGUCGAAUGGCAGUGACUCUGGUCAUACCACAGAAGUUAUUGAGACCCGGUGGAAUAGACAAGCAAUACCUACUGUGUGA